AGGCAUGGAGCCCCGGACGAAUCGCGGUGCCAGCAGCUGCGAGGCCCAAGAAGCACAUCCUGGAAGGAAAAUGCACUGUGGACCCCUGUGCCAAUUCCUGUGGCUUUGGCCCUAUCUGUUCUUCAUUGAAGCUGUGCCCAUCCGAAAAGUCCAGGAUGACACCAAAACCCUCAUCAAGACGAUUGUCACCAGGAUCAAUGACAUUUCACACACGCAGUCAGUCUCCUCCAAACAGAGGGUCACUGGUUUGGACUUCAUUCCUGGGCUUCACCCUGUCCUGAGUUUGUCCAAGAUGGACCAGACAUUGGCAAUCUACCAACAGAUCCUUACAAGUCUGCCUUCCAGAAAUGUGAUCCAGAUAUCUAAUGACCUGGAGAACCUCCGGGACCUUCUCCACCUGCUGGCCUCCUCCAAGAGUUGCCCCUUGCCCCAGGCCAGGGGUCUGGAGACCUUGGCGAGCCUGGGCGGUGUCCUGGAAGCUUCACUCUACUCCACAGAGGUGGUAGCCCUGAGCAGGCUGCAGGGGUCUCUGCAGGACAUGCUGCAGCAGCUGGACCUCAGCCCUGGGUGCUGAGGUCCUGAAGGCCUCUCUUCCCUCAAGGACCAAAGUCGAUGGAAGAAACCUGGGCUUCCAGGUGUCUCCAGGAGAAGAGAGCCCGUGUGGACAUCCUUUAUCCAGGACUCCUGUCCAUUUCUCUCUCACUCCUCUAAGCCACACUUCCAAAGGCAUAAGACGCCAAGGCACGUUGCUUGAAACCAAAGAUAUAAAUACCCGAUUCCAUGCUCACCCAUCCAGCAAACAGUAGACUGGAUCUGGGAUUCUCACAAAAGUCUCCUCUCUGUCUACCUCCCCUCUCACUGCACGCUUCAGUGUGACCCGGGAUGAUUUCAGGAGGUGGGCUGCAGAGCCUUUGGACGAUCCAGCGAGGUUCCAUCUGAGGAUUCUGGGGAGCACCAUGAAGGCUACGUCCACACAUAGCUGGAAACUCCCAAGCAACCCAAAUUGGAAACACUUAUUUAUUUAUUAUGCAUUUAUUCUGGAUGGAUUUGAAGCCAAACAUUGGCUUUUCCAGGCUCUUUGGGGUUGGCCAGGAUUAGAGAUGCUCCUGGGGUGCUGUUUCCAAUCCCAUCAAUGGGCCUGGCCAAGGCAAACCCAUUUUGAGUGACCUAAGGGCUCUCAAGUUAUUUCUCUCAUAACUGGCUUUGUUUCUACUGUGACUUUGAAUGACAGUGUUUGCAAUGGCAUUGCCCUAAGCGGAUCUCCAAGGGCCAGGUUAAUUUAAAAAGAAGAAGAUGAAUUUUGCCAAGUAUACUGUAUAGCUGUGUGCACCUGGAGAUAGGAAAUGUGUUGAUGGGAGAGGGAAGGAUCCAGAAUGUAUUUUCUGAAUAAUAUUUGUGUGAUGGGCUCUUUGGAUGAGGUGAAGUCAUUUUCUCAUCUUCUGCAGCCACUUAGUGUGGUUUUCAUGAAAAUAAAGAGAUGGAGGUGACUCCUUCAUAGGAGUUGUGGGGUUUUGCCCGCUGCCCAUGGAGGAGUGGGGCUGAAGCCACUGUUUGUUAGGAAAGUGGUGAGCUCUGGCCUUCUCUGACUGCUAGAGUAUGGUCUUUCUUAUCAGAGAGUGAAGGUCCUGAACUGGAGAGGGUGAUUGACAGGGCAGGGGCCCUUGGUUUGGCCCUCUGAAUGGUCCAGGUUUGAUCCCACACUGGGUUUAUGACAUAGCAGUGUCCCUUUUGGGGUUUACGUGCCCAGUUGUGGUUCUCAUCUGACUGGCUCACCCAAAGGAAGGGGCCAUGUUUCCCACCCAUUUGGGGAGGAUUUUUAUUUCAGUGGAAAGGCAAAAUCCAUAGGAGGUCUGUGGGCUUUAGCAGAUGGUCCCAAGACCUGGGAGCACUGCUGAGUGAGUGCCAGGAUCCCAGGCCACGCGGCCAGAUUCACCCUUCCCAGUAGAGGUCAUGUUCAGAAAGGAUGAACAAGAACGCUUGGGCUUUCCACCAUCUUGCCACCAUAAUGCAGCCAUCACACUGUGGGUGGUAGGUCUGUCCAAGAAAAUUUGAACCAAAGCAAUCAACUUUAAGACUGAGCACCUACUUUGUGCUCAGCCCCAAUUGGUGCUACAGGCUAGAGAAGCUCACCAAAUAAACGUUCAAAGCCAGCCAAGCCCUCAGGGGCCUUGCAUUCCAGAUGGUAAAAAACCCACUCACCAGCAUGCAAAGGCUGCCUUUUCACCUUGGCAACUGAGCUGCUGAAACACCAUGCGACCUUCAGCAGGUGGGAAAUGCUGAGCUGCGGUGGCAGUGCCCGGGGGGCCCGCAGACUAACCCUGCUUGCAUUUGGUAGCAUUUUUACUUUUCAGGGCACAUCAGCCUCUACUGUGUAGUCACAUCCUUUUGAAGCAGAAUAGCUGAGAAUUUAAAAUGAGAAAAUAUCUAAGACCAUAACAGCAGACAGAUGGCAGGACCAGGACUAGAACCCAGGUCGUCUGACCGCCAGAGUAUUCCUCAAGCCAGGUAAUACUCUCUGAAGGGUUGAACAGGGUUGGGCAAGGCAGACCAGGAAUGCUUUCUGGAAGAGAGGGAUUUCGAGGUCCUGGAUUUUGCAGGAGGUGAGGGAAGUGAAUUGCCUGGAGGGAGGAGGCUGUUUUGUUUGAAUCUUUGGUGUGCUGAGACGCCAGUAUGAAGGAGUGAGGAGCCAGUGACAAAGAAAGACAGAGAAAGGGAAGAUAGGAAGGAAAGGGACGUGUUGAAAAAGUCUUGGGGAGCAAAGAAGUUUGAUAUUGAAAAGGUUAAGAGUCAAAAGUUCUAGAGCAGAGACUCAUGUGAGGGAGAGUCAGACCUGCUCCGGAAAAUAUGACCUAGAUAACCAUGGCCACCUAGUCAGGCUGGCGUGUUUUAAGCCUUUUGCUCACAAAACCUGGCUUAUGGCUCAUUCCCAGAGUGUGAAAAUUCCAAAAGGUAAAUGAUUGUCUUUUUUUGUAACUUAAAAAAAAUUUUUUCUUUUGUGAAAAAAAAAU